AUGUCCAGUGGAGUGUGUGUGUGUUGUGUGUCUGUGCUCGUUGUGCUGAGCUGCAUUACAGCCAAACCAGUGUCCACAGAUUUACAGAGUUUGAAGCAGCUGUUGGAGGAGGAACUGAACCCUGGACCUUUUUACGCGGAGGACGCGGACGCGGCGGAUGAGCGCGCGGACAGGUCGGUGUUCGGGGUUCCGGAGGGGGGUCGGUUCCGGUGGGACACCGUAACGGAGCCCAUAACGGACACCGGGAACUCGGCGCCGGACAGAGCAGACCUGCUGGCGCGUCUGUUCAAGGACCUGAUGAGGACCACCAAGCGGUCCUGGACCAGGUCCAAGAAGGGCGGCAUGAGGAGCUGCUUCGUGGUUCGGCUGGAGAGGAUCGGUUCGUUCAGCGGGUUGGGAUGCUGA